ACACAUUACCUAAGAAAACAAGGAGAAGUAUGCUGGGCAUGCCAUAGGAUUUUUAUUAAAAUAAUGAAGUAUUUGUAUCUUACAAUCAACACAAUGACACAACAAACAUUUUCUUUCUUUCAAUAGGAAUUUAAAAAAAAAUGAACCAAACUAUUUCCAAAGGCUUCUACCUUUAUCCAGUUUUUAGUAAUGGAGAGAAAAGGCCCCUUUUUUCCAUUGUCUUCCUCUGGAUUUAUUUGAUUGGUGUGCUAGGAAACCUUGUUAUACUGAUUGUUAUAUGCAAUGAUGUUCAAUUACACACCCCUAUGUACUUCUUUCUCUGCAAUUUGUCCUUUGUAGACAUCUGUUACCCGACUACCGCUCUCCCUAAACUGAUGGAAAUGUUGAUUUCAGGCAAUGACUCCAUAACCUUUGUACAAUGUUUUAGUCAAAUGUACUUUUUCACUGCCUUAGCUGAAAUAGAAACAAUUGUAUUAUCCUCUAUGGCAUAUGAUCGGUAUGUUGCCAUCUGCAAGCCCUUGAGAUAUCACCUCAUUAUGAACAGGAGAGUUUGUGCGCUACUAAUUGUAGGUACCUGGAUUUUUGGGUUUGUGAAUGCAUCGUUUAUUACUGAUCUGGCUUCAAAACUGUCAUUUUGUCAGACCAAUAAAGUUCAUCAUUUAUUCUGUGAUGUUAUAGCUCUGGCUAAAAUAUCAUCUACUAAUGAUAUAACUAUAUUUUAUAAUGUUGUUUAUGUGGAAGUGUUUUUAUUUGGAGUCAUACCGUUUUCUCUAAAUCUGAUUACGUAUAUUAAUAUAGUACACAGCAUACUGAAAAUUAAGUCCAAAAAUGGAAGACAAAAGGCUUUUUCCACUUGCACUUCCCAUCUUACAGCUCUGAUAAUAUUCUACGGGAGUGUAUUCUGGAUGUACAUGAGGCCACCUUCAGAGUCAGAGAACCUUAACCCAGUGUUUUCUGUACUUUAUGUUGGAGUGACUCCCAUGUUAAACCCCCUCAUAUAUAGUCUAAGGAAUAAAGAAGUAAAGAAUGCUGUAAUAAGAACUGUAAAGAGGAUUAGUUAUCAGAGCUAGAGAAAAAAACUGAUUUGUAUCAAAGUC